UGUGCUUAGGUUUGGUGAUUUUUCAAAAUGCUAGAUAUUAACUGGCACCUAUUCUGAUUCUAACUUUGACUUCAUGUUUGAGUCUUGAUGCUGAUGCAUCAUAUAUUUCCUUGCUAUUCUUAGUGUUUACAAAGUGGAAAGGAGUCAAAAUUGAAAUCAAAUGGAAGCUUUUGGUGAAAACAGUACAAUGAUGCCAUUGAAAGGUAUCAAGGUGGUGGAGAUGGCGGGCCUCGCACCAGCGCCCUUCUGUGGUCUGAUUUUGAAGGACUUUGGUGCCUCAGUCAUCAGAGUGGACAAGCUCGGCCACCCAGAGAUGGACGCCCUGGCGCGCGGCAAACGCUCCGUGUCGGUGAACCUGAAGCACCCGGACGGCGCGGAGGUGGUGCGCCGGCUCUGCAGUCGCGCCGACGUGCUGCUCGAGCCCUUCAGACCAGGUGUGAUGGAGCGACUCGGUCUCGGCCCCAAGGCGCUGCUGAAGCAGAACCCACGGCUCGUCUACGCCCGCCUGACCGGCUACGGCCAGACUGGCCCCACGGCCGACUGGGCGGGCCACGACAUCAACUACCUGGCCAUGUCCGGCGUGCUGUCGUUCCUGUCGACCCCCGACCGGCCGCCGGUGCCGCCCGUUAACCUGCUGGCCGAUUUUGCCGGCGGCGGUCUCACCUGCGCGCUGGGCGUCCUGGCAGCGCUGCUCGAGAGGACCAGGUCUGGUAAGGGCCAGGUGGUCGACUGCAGUAUGACGGAGGGCGCCGCGUACGUCGCCAGCUGGCUGUUCAAGUCGCGCGACCUGCAGCCGGUCUGGGGACGCGAGGCGGGCACCAAUGUGCUGGACGGCGGCGCCUUCUGGUACGGCUGCCACCGCACCGCCGACGGACGCUACAUGGCCGUCGGCGCGCUGGAGCCCAAGUUUUUCGCCCGGUUUGCCGAGCUGCUGGGUGAGCCGGGCCUGGAGCAGCUGCCUUUCGACUGCGCCGACGGCCGCCGCCGCGUGGCCGCCGCGUUCGCGCGCCGCACGCAGGCCCAGUGGGCGGCCGUGUUCGCCGGCCAGGACGCGUGCGUCACGCCCGUGCUGAGCGCCGACGAGGCGGCCGCCGCGCCCGGCGCCGUGGCGCGCUCCAGUUUUGUGUCUGGCGCGCGCGGCCGGCCGGAGCCGGCGCCGGCGCCGCGGCUGGAGCGCACGCCGGCCGCCGGCGGCGGCGCAGAGCCGCGCCGGGGGCAGCACUCGACGGAGGUACUGCUAGAGGAGGGCUUCGACGAGGCCGAGGUGCGCCAGCUGAUCGACGACGGCGCCGUCGAGCAGCGGCCGCCGUCCAGCAGCCUGUAACCCCCGCCGGGCGGUAUGGACUGUCACCCCGCGGCCGGGCGGUAUGGACCGUGACCCCCGGCUGGGCGGUAUGGACUGUGACCCCCGGCCGGGCGGUAUGGACCGUGACCCCCGGCCGGGCGGUAUGGAGUCUAUGGACUCUGACCCCCGGCCGGGCGGUAUGGACUGUACCCCCGACCGGGC